UUGUGUUUUAUGAUAUUGUCUCAAAGUAGUGAGUUGAACAGAGGGGAAAGACUUCAGAAAAUAAGAUAAAUACAAAUCGACCAGUUACUUCUAAAAAGGGAAGAUUGAUUUAGCGACUAUACUACACAACCGCAGUCAUUAUGGGAACGGAUAAUACCGAUUGUAUGCUGCUUCUUGCGGCAGAAGCUUUUCAAUCUAAAAACGUCGGGCUCGCCGCGGACAUAUACGAAUGCCAACUGCUGAACCUCUGCGACCCAAGUACGCAGCAACAUCUCUUGGUGAAACGGGCGGAUGCCCUGGCAUUUGCUGGCAAAUUGACCGAUGCCUUCGAGAUCUACCGAAAAGCCGCUGAAAUCGAGAGACUACGACCAGUCCAUCUGGAUAAUCUUAUUGAAUAUCUCUCUAACAGUAUUAAAAGACAAGAUGGGACAGACAGUCAAAACAACAAGCAGGAGACACGCUCUGAUUGCGUUGGAUAUGAUGCAAUUACCUGCAAAAUAUGUUAUGGAUUUCUAUACGAGCCAGUUACCUUGCCUUGUGGACACUGCUUUUGCAAAAAGUGCCUGGACAGAGAAAAAAUGCCUGUCUGCUGCAAAGAAUGUAAUGACAGAAGGCACACCAAACUCAAUGAUGUGGACAAUUAUAGAGUAAAUGUUGUUCUUAGUAACUUGUUGUCAAAGUGGUUUCCAAUUCAAUUACUUGCUGUUCAACUGAGACGUGAGGGGAAUGGACUAUAUUCAGAUAAAAUAAUGGAUGCUACUUUGGAAAAAUACAACGAAGCAAUACAAAUAGCUCCACGGGACCAUGUGCUGUACAGCAACCGAUCACAGAUCAAUUCCAGUCUGAAGAAUUACGAGGAUGCACUUCAUGAUGCAGAGAUGGCAUGCAAACUCAUGCCUCUUUGGUCAAAGGGACAUAUUAGAAAAGCACAAGCUUUAGUCAGUCUGGGAAAAUGUGAAGAAGCGUUAAGAGAGUACCUGGUCGUCAUUACAUUAGAUCCUGAAAGUAAACUGGCAAAAAAGGAAGCGGAAAAGCUUCUGAGUGAUCUUCUGUCCCCUGUCACUGAUCAAGUACACAACAGACUCCUGGACGGCACAAGUCUACUAUCUUCCAGAAAUAAAAUUAAAGGUGGCAUCCUGAACACCUCAACCUCAAGCUGCAACACCACCACUUCCUCCAAGUCUUACAAGGAUUACAAGAAUAUCAUCGCCUCUGAUGAGAAGUUGACAUCGUAUGUCUGCCAUCCUACCGUCAUCGACAGGAGCGUCUUCCUCAAACGCAAACGUAGCUCGUCCGAGGACAGCCAAGUGGAUAGUAGUGACACCUGCAAGUGCUCCAAAUCUGAAGUGACCCAGAAUGAAGAGGCGACUUCCUGGAGUACAGUGCUUUCUGACCUCAUAGACCCGACUGACCUGGAGUGUUCUCUUUGUAUGAGGCUCUUUUAUGAACCAGUCACCACUCCUUGUGGCCACACCUUCUGUCUGAAAUGCCUCGAGCGAUGCCUGGACCACAACCCCAAGUGUCCCCUCUGCAAGAUGGAGCUGGAAGAGUAUCUGGCAGAAAGUAAAUACAACAAGACUGUCUUGAUGGAGAACCUCAUCUGCAAGUAUCUGCCAAUCGAGCUCAUGGACAGGCAGAAAGUCAACGCGGAGGAGAUUGCAGAUUUAUCCAAUCUAAACAAGAACGUGCCUAUAUUUGUUUGCACCAUGGCCUUCCCCACCGUUCCAUGCCCUCUUCACAUCUUCGAGCCCUGCUACCGGCUGAUGAUCCGCAGGUGUAUGGAGAUGGGUACCAAGCAGUUUGGAAUGUGCCUCGGCGAUAACCUCAAAGGAUUUGCAGAUUACGGUAGCCUCCUGGAGAUCCGAAACGUGGAAUUCUUUGCAGAUGGCCGCUCCAUUGUGGACACCAUUGGGAUAAGAAGGUUCAAGGUCAUUGAGCACAACCAGAGAGAUGGAUACAACACAGCAAACAUUGAAUACUUGGAAGACGUUAAGGUGGAAGUUGUGGCAGAGAAGGAGCUUCAGAGUCUCCAUGAUGCAGUGUACGACCAGGCCUUAAUCUGGGUCAACUCCCUCGAAGCAGAACAGAAGGAGAGGAUUGUGGUGCACUUUGGGCGCAUGCCAGAGAAAGACUCUGAGCCACAGGCCAGUCCCAAUGGGCCGUCCUGGUGCUGGUGGCUGCUGGCAGUCCUGCCCCUGGCGGGUCGAGCCCAGCUGCCCUUCCUGGCCCUGACGUCUCUGAAGGACCGACUCAGUGGUAUCCGCAGAGUACUCCUCUUCAUGUCCCGCAACCGCUCUUCUCGGUGACUCCAACCCUCACACAACCAUCCAUCUCCUCCAUGUGGGUUUCUGUUUUGUCUGUUUUUUGUUUUUAUCUGAAAGACCACAUUUUAACGAAAGCCUUUGUGUAAAUGGGUUACUAUUGGCAAGUGGGCUUUGAAUAGAUUACCAAAAUGUGAUGAAGAUGAUUUCUUCCUUCCAAGGAUUAGAAGAGGCUGCUUAUGGACUGAAUCUUUUAAAGUGUGCUUUAAAGACGAUAAUGAUUGAUUUUGUGUUUUGACUUUGUUUUUGUUAUUAUUGUGAACGUCGCGUGUGCAUGCAACAUGUUUACACAACUGGGUGUACAAUGAUGACUUAUUAUUUCCAAAGGGUUUAUUAACCACAAAUUACAUAUUAUAAAACCCAAAACCCCUUAGAAUAUGUAGAAAAUUAGAGGGGAAAAUUACAAUACAGAACAGUACAAGUUCUGAUGACACUUUAGCUGUAUCAUUCAAAGGAUAAUGCGAUUUUCUCCCUGUUUUGGUGUAUAUGAGUGCAAUACACCUUCAGUUAAAAUGAACCAUCUCCUAUAUGUAUUGGUAUUUAUAUGUUCUACUUAGCACUGUAGUUGCAUCAACAGCAUAACUGAUACUCACUGUUUUCCAUGCAUGGUGAGCAAAGAUAGGUUGUGAGCUUUGCCUUCAAGAAAGGAAAACAUUUAUAGUUUUGUUGGAUUUGACAUAUUUCUUUGUCUGCCAGACUUUUUUCAUAGUUUUCUACAGUUCUUUUUAUGUUAUAAUGAUCACAUUUUUAUACAGACGAUAUUGAACCAGGAUGGUUAUGCUGUGAAAUCUUGGGCAAAUGUGUUAAUUAACAAACAUUACAUUUUUUAUUGCAAGGGCCAAUUUUAAGUUAUUGCAUUUAUAUAGGGCUUCCUUGGCUCUGCUAUUAUUUGCAUCAUAAUGUAGGGACGACACAAGUGACAAACAAACAAAAAGUGAUUGCAAUAACGGUUACCACUUGUGCUGCGUGAUUCCUGGCUAUUAUACAAAAGACAACGACGUGAAUGUGAAAAUGCAAAUAAUUGUAGACAAAGGAAAUAUAAACUUUUAGAGUGUAGAGAGUGCCGGAUUUAUCAGCCCUGCUGCUUUUACCACUUUCCAAUAUUCUCUGUUUGAUUUGAGAUGUUUUACAUUUGGUUGUCUUGUCCUAAGCCAAAGACACUCUGAAAUGAUUUUCCUAACAUGCAUUACAUUCAGUUUAAAUAAGCAGCAAUCAAACCAUUCUAAAAACUCACGAAGGAGUUGGAAGACUGCUUUCUGUCAUUUGAACCUCAUCAUGUUCUCUUUCAAGCUAUUGUCCACUGGAAUCAUAAACUGUAGCAUCAAACACUGUGAUUUCUAAUAUUUUUCUACAUUUAGUGCCUUUAGUUGGAUUUCUUCCAUGAUGCCAGUACCAUGAACUAAGUAGAAGAAUUUAGACAAAGACAUCAUUCCAGCGAGGAAGACUUCAAAAGUUCAAACUAUUUAGCUGAAUAUGUGGUCUUCUCUUUCGAGGACACAAACAGUAAAUUAAAAACAUUCCAGUCCUGGUUCAUUGUAUGACGAGUCUUACGGUUGUGGUUACAAAUAUUGGUAAAACUCCAAUCCUGGUUCAUUGUAUGACGAGUCCUGCGGUUGUGGUUACAAAUAUUGGUACUAUAGUUCUUAUAUCGUAUCACAACUAAAUGAAAGUCAUCUCAUUGCAAGAACACAAUGUGAAUAUUUUCUAUUGACUUUCAUAUACAACAACAUUGAGACUUGGUUAAGUCCCGUGUAGCUCAGUUGGUAGAGCAUGGCGUUUGCAAUGCCAGGGUUGUGGGUUCGUUUCCCACGGGGGACC